UCGAAAUAUGGGCAAAGUUGUGGAAUUUUAUAAAAAAUUAAUUGAGCUUGAAUAUUUUAUAACCCCAUCACUCUGAGGCCGGUUUGCGUCGCAUGUUUUUGUUUCAACAAGAACGAUCCCAUUUAAAUGAUGCACGAUAUUCUGCUCAGGACUUAACGACAUUUAGUUUAUAGCUUAAAUUCAAUUUGGCCUACACACGAAGAAGUAUGGACCUGGAGUCGAGUAGAAAUUGCUGCCUGAUGAUAAUUUUAUUGUGAGUCAUUAGCUGCAGGUGGCAUAAGAAGCAAGAUUUUCUGCCAAAAUGCCUAUAGUGACAAAAGGGGAUCAUGUUUGGAUCCCUAAUGGUGGAACUUCAGAAUUUCAUGUCCCCAUUGGGGCACAAGUUGUCUAUCAAGAGUCUGGAAAGACAAAAUUAGUAGAUGAUGAAGGGGAGGAGCACUGGAUUCAUACCAAAGAUGUCUCAAAACUACGACUUAUGCACCAAACAAGCAUUGAAGGUGUUGAUGACAUGAUACGCCUCGGGGAUUUAAACGAAGCUGGUAUUUUACAUAAUUUAUACCGAAGAUAUUACAACGGCCAGAUAUACACAUACACUGGAUCGAUCUUGGUAGCUGUGAAUCCCUACCAGAUUUACCAGAUCUAUGAUGCAGAGUACAUCAAAAAGUACCAAGGUAGAAAGAUUGGCCAACUACCCCCACAUAUAUUUGCGAUUGCAGAUAAUGCUUAUUAUCACAUGAAGAGAGAGGCAGAUAAUCAGUGUAUUAUAAUAAGUGGUGAAAGCGGUGCCGGUAAAACCGAAUCAACAAAGCUGAUCUUGCAAUAUCUAGCUGCCAUUAGUGGUCAGCAUUCUUGGAUUGAACAGCAGAUAUUAGAGGCAAAUCCUGUGAUGGAAGCCUUCGGAAAUGCCAAAACUCUGAGAAAUGACAAUUCAAGUCGCUUUGGCAAAUACAUCGAUGUUCAUUUUGACAAGUCAGGUUUUAUAGAAGGAGCAAAAAUUGAACAAUAUCUUUUAGAGAAAUCACGCAUUGUUGCCCAGUCCAAGGAUGAAAGAAAUUACCAUAUUUUUUACCAAAUGCUGGUCGGAAUGAGUCCGAUUGAAAAAGCAAAACUAAAGCUUACAAAUGCAAAGGAUUACUAUUAUCUAACUCGUGGAAACUGUCUAAAGUGCGAUGGUGUUGAUGACAAAGAGAACUUUGCUGUCAUUAGAGGAGCUAUGAAGGUUUUGUUGUUUACGGAUGAUGAAACUUGGUACAUUUUCAAACUCCUGUCUGCGAUUUUACAUCUAGGAAACAUAAGAUUUGAAGCCAAAGCAGAAUCGAAUUUGGAUGCAUCUCAAGUCACAAACAUUGAAAUGAUUGAAGUUGCUGCUGAGAUGCUCGAGGUAGCAGCAGACAAGCUGAUGGAGGUGCUAACAAGCAGAUCAACCUUUGCACGUGGCGAAAUGAUUGUGUCUCCUUUGGUUUCUAAGCAAUCAGUACACGUGCGAGAUGCAUUUGUCAAGGGCAUUUAUGGCAGGAUAUUCGAGUGGAUUGUGGGAAAAAUCAACAAUGCAGUUUAUACACCUUUACAACAACAGGCACACUUUCGACAAUCGAUUGGUGUUCUGGAUAUUUUUGGUUUUGAAAGUUUUCAAAGAAACAGCUUCGAGCAACUGUGUAUCAAUUUUGCCAAUGAAAAUCUUCAACAGUUUUUUGUACAGCACAUUUUUAAAUUGGAGCAGCAAGAGUAUGACCUAGAGGGUAUCCGUUGGCAACACAUUCAAUUUACGGACAAUCAAGCAACUCUUGAUAUGCUAGCACACAGGCCAAUGAACAUCAUUGCCUUGAUAGAUGAAGAGAGCAGGUUCCCUAAGGGAACAGAUGAAACUAUGCUAGACAAACUACGGGCUAAUCAUGGCAGCUGUCCUUAUUUCCUCACAAUGAAGUCUCAAGCUGCCAAAACAUUUGGUAUCGUUCAUUUCGCUGGCUCUGUUUACUACGACAUUCGAGGUUUCCUCGACAAGAAUCGUGACACCUUUAAUGCAGACCUUAACGAUUUGGUUGCCACAAGCAAAUGCCCCUUUUUGCUGACUUUGUUUCGAAGAGAACUGAGAAUGGGCGACGAGACGAGAAAGAGAUCACCAACUUUAGGCGCGCAGUUUAAAAAAUCUCUUGACUCAUUGAUGGCAACCUUAAAUAGCCGUCAUCCUUUCUUUGUUCGUUGCAUCAAACCAAACGAUUUCAAAAGACCAUUGAUGUUUGACCGGGUGCUAUGCUGUAGACAACUGAAAUAUUCUGGAAUGAUGGAAACCAUCAGGAUUCGACGGGCGGGAUAUCCUAUCCGGCACGCUUUCGACGUGUUUGCCGUUCGAUAUCAUAUGUUGGUCAUCGGCCUCGGUCGCAUGGUUGCUGAAAACUCAAAAGAGGCUACAAAGAUCAUUGCACGCAAUGCCAUUAGUGACUCUGACUGGCAAAUUGGACAUACCAAAAUAUUUCUUAAGGAUGCUCAAGAUCAGGAACUUGAACUAAAGAGAGACAAGAUAAUCACAAUGGGUGUAGUAAUUAUUCAAAAAACAUUUCGCGGAUAUUAUCAACGGAAACAGUAUUUGAGUUUGAGAGAAAACACUAUGAAGAUCCAAAGAACUUGGAGGGCUUAUGCUGCAAAAAGGAAGUACAGAAAGAUGCGACUUGGCUUUGAGCGUCUUCAAGCCCUGGUACGCACACGCCAGCUGCUGACGUCAUACAGAGAGAUGCGAAGACGCGUUGUAGUGUUCCAAGCCUGCUGCAGAGGUGUAAUGGCGCGCCGUGAGUUGAAGAUGAAAAUGGGAGCCAUUGUUACCAUUCAAGCAGGUUUUAAAAUGUUCUAUGCAAAGAAGGAGUUACAGAAGCGAAAGAAAGAGCGUGUUUUGAAACUAGAAGCGGAAAGGCUGAGAAAGGAAGAAGAAAACAGACUGAGGAAAGGAAUGUCUGCUGAGAAGGCGAAGAAAGAAGCAGAGAGGCUUAUGAAGGAACGGUUGGCGAAAAUCGAAGCCGAACAACUGCAAGAAGAGAUUGUCAGAAAGGAACUUCUUGAAAGCAAGAAAAUACAAAUCGAAGAAGCUGAAGCAGAGGCAAAAAGAAGAAGAGAAGAAGAUGUCGACGAUUCUAAAAUUGUCGAUGAAAUGUUUGGCUUCCUUCCUUCUGAUGACAAACAGAUGGGACAAGUCCCAACUGCAUUUAAGGAUUUGAAAGUUUCAGAUAAACAAUACGGAUUUUCAGACAAGGAUAUUAUAUCAGAAAACUCGGACCAAGAUGACUUUUCCGAAUUUAAAUUCUCCAAAUUCGCCGCCACUUAUUUCGAAGGCCAAGCAACUGCUUAUCACAUAACAAAGAACCUCGAUCGCCCGCUCUUAGCUCAUGACAACGAGACAGAUAAACUUGCUGCUCUUGCAGUGUUUAUAACAAUUCUUCGUUUCAUGGGCGAUCAACCAGAACCAAAGUACAACUACUCGGCUGGCAAUCACAAGGACAACACACCAGUAAUGAACAAGAUAUACGAUACACUUGGAAGAUCAGCUUCGAAGUCUGGAACGCUGUCUCAUUUCAGAGAAAACGAGGAACCAAGUAAGAUUGCAAGAAGAGAAACUUUGAGAAACCGAAUCGUUUCAAUGACGUUGAAGAAAAAGUCAAAAAUUACCAAGGAAGUUGCCUCAAGAUUACGCAGUGAGGACAGUAUUGAAAUAGUGGGCGCAUUGAGGGCAGAGGAUAGGCCAACGUCAAAUUUAGAAAAAUUGCAUUUUGUCAUCGGGCAUGCCAUUGUGAGACCGUCCUUAAGAGAUGAAAUUUAUUGCCAAAUUUGCAAGCAGCUGCUAAGAAAUCAAAACAAGGAAAGUGCAAGAAAAGGAUGGAUAUUGCUGUCUCUUUGCCUUGGCUGCUUUGCUCCGACAGAGAAGCUUGCCAGGUACUUGCAGAAUUUUAUUAAAGAAGAGGCACCCCAGAAUACCGUUGCGUAUAACCUUGAUAGGCUGCGACGAACGCUGAAAAAUGGAACUCGUCAUCAGCCACCAAGUUGGCUCGAGCUUCAGGCCACAAAGUCAAAGAAACCGCUGAUGCUUCCCAUCACUUUCAUGGAUGGCAAUACGAAGACGCUGUUGGCUGAUUCUGCGACGACCUCAAGAGAACUUUGCAUACAGCUCGCCGAGAAGACUAACUUGAAGGACCAGUUUGGAUUUUCUGUAUACAUAUCUCUUUAUGAUAAGGUUUCCAGUCUUGGUAGUGGCCGUGACCACGUGAUGGAUGCUGUCUCCCAAUGCGAGCAAUACGCCAAGGAGCGUGGAGGCCAAGAACGGAAUGCACCUUGGAGGUUGUUUUUUAGAAAAGAGAUAUUCUCACCGUGGCAUGACCCAAUAAUUGAUCCGAUGGGAACACACUUGAUCUACCAGCAAAUCAUUAGAGGAGUGAAGUUUGGUGAAUAUCGUUGCAACACGAAAGAAGAAUUUGCCGAUCUAGCCGCGAAGCAGUAUUACGUGGAGUACCAGUCAGAUAUCACCUCGGACCGCUUGUUGAAACUGAUACCGACUUACAUUCCGGACUCUUAUUUACAACCGCCCAAAGCCGUAGAGAUGUGGUUUCACCUUAUUGUAUCAAACCUUCAAAAGGGGUACUAUGCCAAGGCUUCCUAUGAGUCCUCCAAAGUCAAACAAGAUGUUGUCAUCUUUGCCAAGUAUCGCUGGCCGCUGUUGUUUUCUCGAUUCUACGAAGCGCAUCGAUUCUCAGGUCCCAUUCUUCCACGUGAUGAUGUCAUAAUUGCCAUCAAUUGGACCGGAGUUUAUAUCGUAGAUGCAGAGGAAAGGGUCUUAGUGGAAUGCGCCUUCCCUGAGGUGCUAGCAGUCGGUGAAGGAAGAAAUAAUGCACCAAGCCAAAGUUUUACGUUGACAACCGCGGGACACGAAUACACGUUCACAUCCACGAAUGCAGAAGACAUCCGGGAACUUAUCUCAUAUUUCUUGGAUGGACUAAGAAAAAGAUCGAAGUUUGUUAUUGCUAUGGUUGACUACGACAAUAAAGGAGAGACCAACUUCUUAGCCUUGCAAAAGGGUGACUUAAUCGUGCUCGAAAACGAGACUGGAGAAAGUGUGCUGGCCUCUAGCUGGUGCAAAGGAACCUCAGAGCGGACUGGUCAAACAGGUGAUUUUCCAUGCGAGGCUGUUUACGUGAUACCAACACUGGACAAACCCACAACGGAAAUAAUGGAGCUGUUCAGCAACCAGAGCAAUCUUUACUCGGACAAGCUUGGGCCUAAUUUUGACUUAGCAAUUGAAAUUGACGAUACGCCAGUGCCAGAGGAGCCUCACACUCUUGAAAGCUUCUCCCUACAGCAUUUCAACACGUUGCCAAAGAGAACGCUAAGCAAGGCUUUAGCUAAUUCUCUAAGAAAAAGAGAGAGGGACUUCCCAUGGUCGUACUCGAAGGAUCCCAUAAAGCAGCCAUUGAUGAAAAGACUGAAUGAUGUUGAAGACUUGUGUCACAAAGCAAAGCAGACAUUCCUUGCGAUUUUAAAGUACAUGGGUGACUACUCGUCAACCAAAAAUCAAGGAAGGCGAAAUACAGAGCUGACAGAUAUCAUAUUUGAAGCGCCGUUGCUCAAUGAACCACUCAGAGAUGAAGUCUAUUGCCAGAUUAUAAAACAGUUAACAGACAACCCGCGGAAGAGGAGUGAGGAUCGAGGUUGGGAACUGAUGUGGCUUUUAACUGGAUGUUUUGCCUGCAGCUCGAUUUUGCUGGAUGAUGUUAAGCUUUUCCUCAAGUUCCGAAGUCGAAAAUGGAAGAUCGCCCAAGACUGCUAUGCAAAACUUCUGAAGACUAUAAGACAUGGACCUAGGAAAUAUCCACCUCACCUAUUUGAGGUUGAGGCAGCACAGGGGAGCAUGACAAGAAUAUUUCAUAAAGUUUACUUCCCAGAUGACACAACUGAGGACUUUGAAGUUGAAUCAUGCACACGAGCCAAGGAUAUGUGUACUUUGAUUGCAAAGAAAUUGAAAUUGAAAUCAGCUGAUGGAUUCAGUCUGUUUCUAAAAAUUGCUGACAAAGUGAUCAGUGUUCCCGAAAGCGAUUUCUUCUUUGACUUCGUGCGUCACUUGAGUGAAUGGCUGAAGAAAGCGAGACCCCUCCAUCAACGAGAUGGGAAUACAACACUGCACGUCAAUUAUCAAGUGUUCUUUAUGAAGAAACUUUGGACUACAACUGUCGUUGGCAAAGAUCCCAAUGCUGAUUCAAUAUUUCAUUAUCAUCAGGAGCUACCCAAGUUGUUGCGUGGCUAUCACAGAGUCAGCCUUGACGAAGCGUUCCAACUGGCUGCGGCUCAGUAUCGAAUCCGCUACGGGGACGAUCGUGCUCCAAUGCAGAGUCUGAAUCGAAUUUUGCAUUCUCUGGUUCCAAAUGACAUAAUUGAUCACAUCACAUUUGAAGACUGGUCAAAGAAUAUAUCGAAUCAGUACAACAAGCUAGCCGGAAAGACAAAGCUGGAAUGCAAAACUGUUUUCUUGAAAAUCCUUUCCAAAUUGCCAACAUUUGGAUCAGCAUUUUUUGAAGUCACACAAAAGACGGAUCCAAAUUACCCUGAAAAUCUUUUGAUUGCAAUAAACAAAAAUGGUGUCAACUUGAUUGACCCUAUUUCAAAGGAAAACUUUACGACAUACCCUUUUACAAAAAUUUCAAACUGGAGCAGUGGAAACAGCUACUUCCAUAUGACAAUCGGUAAUCUCGUGAAAGGAACCAAGCUUCUGUGCGAAACAAACUUGGGAUACAAGAUGGAUGAUCUACUGACGUCAUACAUAUCGCAGAUGCUUUCGAACAUGAACAAGCAGAGGAAAACUGCAACAAUACGAGGGACAAUUUCCCACAGAAAGUAGGAUGUUUUUACUCAGUCAACCAAGAGGAUGCCAACCAGUUCGGUUCUGAUGCAAGCGUAUCAUCAUAUUUUGAAUCUGUUUAGGAAAUACAUUUUUGACUUUGAGCGUAUUAGUUUAGAGGUAUUUUAAGUGUUACUUUAAUUCCUGCAUUAAAUCCAGAAAUUGCUUGACGUAGGCAACUUUAAGGGUACUAAAAGAAGGCCUUUAUUGGUAGCACGUUUGACAGUGGCGUCGUGGUCAAGGGUAAGGCAUAGGCCGUUCCGUAGUACAAUCCAUCGGAUUUUGUAGAAGUUUUUAGAACAAUUGGCGUGCACUGGAACUUCACUGUUUUUCGAACCCUUAUGCCAAAAUUUGUCGAAAAAUUUUUCUUCUGCCUGCCCCCUUCAGAUUUUGAAACAGUCAGAACAGCACACAGGGAAAACUUGCACUGAUUGAGUUUUUAAGUGCUCCCUUGUUGUAGUUUAGUGCGACCCGGAGUAUUAAAACGCCAUUUGAGAAAGCUAGGAGUGCAGCAGUCUAAUCUGGUGACAUUUAAAGGCAAAUUUUCUGAACUGACUGCUGUUAGUCUUUCCAAGGGACCUGUUUGAAUAGGGUUAUCGAAAGUCUGAAAAUCUGUUAAAACUCAUAGACAGGGACUUAUCUGACAGUUAUGGUACCCGCACUAUUUUAUGAAUUUUUCAUCAAAAUCUUCUUCAGAAGCUUUACUUUUCAGCCUCUUCUCCCCGAUCAGGAAGGUUUAGGCGUCACGGCUGUCACGCUAGGGCUGGUACUUAACGGCUCUAUUCACAAUUAAUAAUCAAAAAGCUUCUCUAGGUUCAAAGAAGCUUAGGAGAGCUUCAGAUAUUUUAGCUCUCUAUUUGAUCAGCUCAAUAAAUAAUUAGAUAAGCCACAUAACUUUCUCUGUCUUUUAUGAUUAAAGCAGUAUAUUUUGAUGAUACCUGCAGUUAUGAAAUACUUUUUAAUUUAACCAUGGGUUCUGUAUUAUUUAUUGGUGGUAUUUUAUUGGUAUUUAUUGCAGCGAACGUUUUGAAUGUGUCGUCGCAAAUGCCAGAUGUAUUGGUAUAACAUAAUUAUAUUUUAUCUUAAUGCUACAUAAAUUUUAAUUGGAUUUAAUUUGCGCCGGGAUAUAAGAUAUUUGGUAAUUACUAUAUUUCUCGUGAAUAUUUAUGGUUUCCUAUUAUUUGUUAUUUCUCUUUAGAUCAGUUAACAAGUGUUGAUUUUGGAGACCAUAGCUGUGUAAACCUGAGCUGAUUUUUCGAUUUGUAUUUACGUUUGAAAACUGUUAUUUUGAUUAUCAUGUAGUUUACCGG